AUGUCAGCUGCCAACCAGCAAGUUUUAAUAGCCAUAAUCGGCGCCGGCGGUGUUGGCAAAAGCUUUCUCUCCCAGCUUACAACACUGGCUGCUCGCAGGCCCUCGCCUAAGCUGAGCCUGUGCUUCAUCUCUACCAGCAAGAAGUCUCUCUACAGCAGCGAUUACGCACCGAUCGACGCCGAGAAGGCUCUCGAUGGCCUGGCCGCUUCCACCCAGGCCGCGCCCUCUGUCGCACAAUUGACAGAGUAUCUGGCCUCGGCUCCCGCCAAAGUCGUCCUUGUAGACAACACGAGCUCCGAAGACAUUGCCAGUGCCUACCCUGGCUUCUUAAGCCGUGGCAUCAACAUCGUCACGCCGAACAAGAAAGCCUUUUCAGGCUCUUACACGCUGUGGGAGAGUAUUUUCUCCUCUGCCGCCAAGGGUGGCGCCCACAUCUUCCACGAGUCGUCUGUUGGAGCUGGACUUCCCGUUAUUUCCACUCUGAAAGAGCUGGUGGAGACGGGGGAUCGCGUCACCAAGAUUGAAGGUGUUUUUAGCGGCACCAUGUCUUUCCUCUUCAACAGCUUUGCUCCAACCUCGGGCGCCGGGGGCAAAUGGUCCGCUGAGGUGAAGAAGGCUAAAGAACUUGGCUACACCGAGCCCGAUCCGCGCGACGAUCUGAAUGGUUUGGAUGUCGCUCGCAAGUUGACCAUCCUGGCCAGAUUGGCUGGACUACCCGUGGAGUCCCCUACGUCGUUUCCCGUCCAGAGCCUGAUCCCUAAGGAGCUCGAAAGCUGCACCAGCGGCGAUGAGUUCAUGGAAAAACUUCCUGGCUUUGACUCUGAGAUGGAACAGACUAAGCUUUCUGCUGAGAAGGAGGGUAAGGUUGUGAGGUUUGUCGGCAGCAUUGAUGUCGCCUCUAAGCAGGUCAAGGUCGGCUUGGAACAAUUCGAUGCCACGCAUCCCAUUGCGGCACUAAAGGGCAGUGACAACAUCAUCAGCUUCUACACUGAGAGGUAUGGUGGCAACCCACUCAUCAUCCAAGGUGCUGGAGCGGGAGGCGAGGUAACAGCUAUGGGGGUGACUGGCGAUUUGCUUAAGGUCUUGGCUCGUAUCUCGUAA